UUAAUUUUCCAACUCCUUCUGAGGCUCCUUUGUUUCUCUCUCUACUCUGUCCCAACCAGAAACAAAAUUCUUGACAAAAAAAGAGAGAAAAAAAUGCCGUCUCCAAAGCAUAAGAGUGAAGCUGAAGGUGAAGCUAAAGAGCAAGAUGGUUUAAACAACGGUCGUGCCGGUUUCUUCAAUAUAUAUGGACCUCAAGCGAAAGCAGAAGUUAUUUUCAAGAUGCCAGAAGCUAAUUCUACUCUAAACUUGCAAGACGUUCAAGGCCUUGUAACUUGGGUUCUUGCUGAAGGAUUCAUGCCUUCCUGGGUAUUCAUUAAGAACAAGCCAUUGAUUCCAAAAGUGGUUUUGCUUUAUCUGCCUGGCCUGGAUGCCUCUUUGUACUUAUCACAAUCCAAACUACUUUCGGGUUUUAAAGAAUUCUGUGGCAAUCCCAGGGCACUUUUAGCCCUAAGUUGUGUGGCAGAUAGCAUGCAGACAAUAGACUCACUGCUAACUUGCAAGUUGAAAAGAAAGAGAAAUGAGCUUGAUUCAAUGAAGAAAUCUACCCAGACAUCUGAACAAGAAAAUGAUACUACACUUAUGGAUAAUCCAUCUUCUGUGGAACUCUUGAAAGAUCUACCAUUCCCUAUUACAUAUUAUACACUUACAGCAAAAGAAUUGGAAGAGAAUGGAUAUUGUCUCAAUCAACCAGGCUUUCUAUCUACUAUUCCUGCUCCUUUGGGAUCUUCUCCCUAUGAAAUGUUGGCGCUUGACUGUGAGAUGUGUGUCACAAAUGAGGGUUUUGAGCUCACAAGACUAACCCUAGUGGAUAUGAAAGGCCAGGUUGUGUUAGACAAAUUGGUUAAACCUUCAAACACCAUUGUAGAUUACAACACCAGGUUUAGUGGAAUUACAUGCGAGAUGUUGAGUGGAGUAACUACAAGCCUUAAAGAUAUUCAGGAAGAAUUUCUAAAGCUGGUUUACAAAGAGACCAUUCUAGUUGGGCAUUCCUUGGAGAAUGACUUGUUAGCUUUGAAGAUUUCCCAUGGUUUGGUGGUUGAUACUGCACUUCUAUACAAACACCCAAGGGGUGGAUCUUUUAAAACUGCUCUUAGAGUUCUUGCCAAGAGAUUUCUUUCUAGGGAGAUACAACAGUCAGGAACUGGACAUGACAGUAUUGAAGAUGCAAGAGCUACUAUGGAGCUGGCACUUCUGAAAAUUAGAAAUGGACCUGAUUUUGGUUCUCCUCCAUCAUUUAUUCGGAGAAAACUUCUUACGGUUUUGAGUGAGUGUGGAAAGACCUCCUCUCUCAUUGAUGAUGUUUCAGUAGUCAAGAGAUACGCCUCUGAGUUAUCCCAUGCAAUGGCAGUGUCUUCUGAUGAUGAAGCUCUUUCAAAGGCUAGAAAGGAGGUGAAGAAUGAUCGGGUACACUUUGUCUGGACUCAGUUCUCAGAGCUAUAUUCGUAUUUCAGGAAACAAGUAGAGGAUGAAGCAAAGCUGAAUGGAAAACUUGCAGAGAUGAUGUCAUUGGUUACAUGUGAUAAAAAGUGUACCAACAGGAAAGGCCAUAAAAACAGUGUUUCAUCUGAACUAAAGGAAAUUCUGACCCGUAUGGAUACUAGGGUUCGUAGUCUCUGUGCCGCAUUACCCACCAAUACCAUGAUUAUAAUUUGCUCUGGACAUGGAGACACAGCUAUCGUCCAUAGAGUAAGGAAAAUGCUCAGAGAGCAGACUGAAACAUUGAUGUGCCGUGAGAAGAUUGUGAAGGUCUUGGAAGAGCUUCAGGCUCAAGCUGAAGUUGCAUUGUGUUUUGUCGGCGUGAAGCAUUGAAUACAGUUGUAAAACAUAGUGCGGAUACAAUUUCAAGCGAUUACAGUUUUGAUGUAUAACAGUUCUUAUUUAAUUUUCAGUAAUCUUUGUAAUUAAAUGUAACAAUUUGAUUAAGUAUUGUUAAUCAAUGAAAUUUUCUGCAGUUCCAUUAA